AGAGACAAGUUUAAUGAAUAUUUUGUGAAACAUCUUUUUAUAUUAUAGGUAUUAAAUAAAUAAAUAUCGGUUUAGGUGAAAAAAUAAAGAAAGCAAGAAAACAUAGAUCUGUAAAAGAAGAGAAAUAAGAUCUGUGGUUCGGUUAAGAAUGCUGCUGUAUAAGAGGAGGAGAAGAGGAGUGACUCAGCUUGAAUAUCGUUUCUGUUGUUUACAGCGUCAUCGUUGAAUGCAGAGUAACAGUUUAUGACACACAUCGUCCUGCCUCUCCACCGUCCUGCCUCUCCACCGUCCUGCCUCUCCUCCAUCCUGCCUUUCCAAGCUUGGCAUCAGAUGUGGUGCACUGGCACAUAGACAGUCUGCAUGCAAAAGUGCGAAAAAAAGAAAGAGUUCCCUUGUUAAACUAAUAUACACCCACUGUCCAUUUUAUUUCAUGCCAAGUGAGGAAGUUCUUACUGUCACAUAUAGCUGACACAGUGCACAGGGAAAUAAAACAAGAUUUCUCCAGGACCCUGAUGCUACAUAAAACACAGAGCUAAGGACUUAAAUAAGUUGUCCUAGCCAUAAGAAGUCCAUCGUGUACAACCAAGCGCAAACAGACAACACAAAACACUACAGGACAGAUACACAAAAUAGAGCUGACUAGUGUACAAUCUGAAUAUCACCUAGGACAGGUGACUGGAAAUAGGUGACAGGUGAUAUUUUUCUCUGUCCCUCAGAAGUCCCUCAGGUUCCUUUGGCUGACAGGAGAGGAACCCAGUGUGUUCUUCUGCUGUUUUAGCUCAUCCACCUCAAGGUCUGAUGAUUUGUGCAUGCUGAGAUGCUUUUCUGCUCACCACUGAUGUAAAGAGUGAUGAUAUGGUUUCCAGACAGCUUAAACCAAUCUGGACAUUUUCCUCUGACCUCUUUCUCCUCUUAUCCCAGCCCAUAUGGAACAAACCUCCAUGCCACAGUUAAAGUCACAGAGAUCAGACUUUUUCUUCCUCCUGAUCCUUGAUGUGAACUUUCAGCUCUCAUUCUAGGUCUGAAUGACUUUAUACACUGUGCUGCUGCCACAUGAUUGGCUGACCAGAAUGUGCUUAUUUGCAUGAAUGUGCAGGUGUACCGGCGUUCCUAAUAAAGUGGAUGGUGAGUGUAGAUUUCAUUUCGACCUCAAAGUAAGUCUGAUCAUUUCCGCUGGGUGAACUUCGCCUUUUAUGGGGUUUUGUGGGCGUCUCCAGAUGUGAUUGCGUAUGCGUUGGCAUGGGGUAGCGUCUGUACUUUUGGUGCAGACUGCAGAAGAGAGAGAGAGAGAGAGAGAGGAUAAUUGGAUGUGGUCGUGAUUCGUCUCCUCAGAACCCUCCUCGUAUUCGAGACAGCAGACUCAUAUAAUUUUGUUUGUCCCAAGAUCCAGACCAAGAAGUGCAUCAGCUUUAUUGAGUGUAUCCUGGUCUUAGGCACGUUAUUUCAAUAUGUCUGCCCCAGAUCAGGAUGUCACCACUAAACCAGGAGCUCCAGACAGGGAUGAAGGACAACAACCAGCUCCAGAUCCAAACUUCACCACCAAUCUGCGCCUCCAACACACACAGGCCCAAGUGGAUGAGGUGGUGGAUAUCAUGCAUGAAACUGCUGAAAAGUUAAUAGACAGAGACAAGAAGCUGUCGGAGUUGGAUGACCGGGCUGAUGCUCUGCACAGCGGAGCUAUGCAGUUCGAGAGCAGCGCUGCCAAGCUGAAGAACAAGUACUGGUGGAAAAACUUCAAGAUGAUGAUCAUCAUGGGCAUUGUUCUGGUCCUCCUGGUGGCCAUUGCUUUCAUGUACUUCUACCACUGAUCUGUGUACAAGCAUGUGGCGAACUCAACCAGGGGAGUAAAAGUUUCACCAAAGUCCAUACUGCUGUCCUUUUUCCUAACUCGUGCCUUUUAUCCAAAGUGUAGUAUGUUAACAUGUUUCAGUUCCUCUCUCUCUCUCUCUCUCUUUCUUUUUUAAUGUUCUCAAACAACAUGGAAAAAAAUAUAACUUGACUAAUCCACGACCUAGAGAUGAAGAGUUAGCAGUUACCUGUGUUAUUUAUUGCAUGUAAAUAUCACUUCCUGAACUAUCUAAUACCCACAUUUCAUAGUGUUCAAUGUUUUUUUGUUUAGUUUUUAGUAUCCCAGUUUGGCCUUCAUUUCAAUAAAGUGAUGAAAAGCAGAUGUUUCCUAGAGUCAAAUGUCUCUAAACCGACAGCUGAGAGCUGUAAAGCUGUGACACACACACACACAUUGCAUUACCACACAGUAUUUAAUUCACUCAAACUAACUGCAUGCUUGAUUUACAGCAAAAUCUACUGUGUUUUUGAUGAAAUCGAUGGGUUAAGACACAAAGCCCAGCUGAUUAACCUGCAAAUAACAGAUUUGUUAAAGGGAUUGUGUGUGUGUGACACCAAUUUGGUGUGUUUUCACCAAAUAUGGCUAAAUGUAUGGGGUCACCUGUCCAUCACAACCAUGUGUCUCUUUCCAAACAUUCCAAACAUUGGAGCUGAUUCAACAGCCUCCACUCUUCUGGGAAGGCUUUAAGAUUUGGAGCGAGGCUGUGAGGAUUUGUGAUCAUUAAACCAAAAGAGCACUAUGCACUGAGGAGUGUACAAUCUAUGGUCCAGUUCAUCUCAUCCCAGUUCAUGGGGAUGUUUUUCAGACAUCAUGGGAAAGGUGUACAGAUCAUAACAGCUUCAGAGUGCUUAAAAACUGAUCAUGACAAUGACCUGAAACUCACAGCCAGGGCAAUACUCUAGUUGCUGAGGAACGUAUCUGGGAAUGUCAUUAAGUGGCUUUGCCAGAGCUCAGGACUACACCAAACUGGCCAUAUCUGGAGAGAAGUUCCUCAUCCAUGUUGAUAGAGCUGGACAUGGUUCUGCAGAGAGGACUGGAAUGAGAUCCUCAAAUCAAGGUGUGGUGAGCUUACGGCAUCCUGGCCAAGAAGACGCUGACAAGAUGCUGUCAAGGGUACUUCACCAAAGGACUGUAGGAGAUGGGGUAGCUUGGUGGUUAAGGUGUUGGACUACUGAUUGGAAGGUUGUGAGUUUGACU